UUCAGAUUCUAGUUUGGCAGGCACAAGCGCGACCUUCGUAAUUUCCGGCUCUCUAUCAGUCUUCUCCUCUAGAGAAAUCUUUUCCGGAGAGGAAUCCCGGUGCAGCGGCCGCUUCUCAAUUCCAAGUAAAACUAGCUGAAGUUUCCUUCCGUCCCUUAGAAACCCUACCGCACCGCAUAAUUCUAGGGUUUCAAGCCGAACAGAAUGGCGGUGCUCAGUUGGAAGCAUCACACCGUCAUCCAAGCUCUGAUGGCGCGUGGGCCGCUCAUGGAGGACGAUUUCCGCAAAAUCUACACCGACUUUACUGGAAAAAACCCUAGUGCCAAGCAAAAAGAUUUCAAUGAUUUCACGCUGAAAAUAAAUAAGGAGCUUUCGUUUGUCCAGAUGGAGUUGAGGUGCUGUCGGAACCAAAACGAUGGCCGGGUCUAUUACGGAUUGGUCAACAACAUUGCUGAUGAGCAAUCCAAGCUUGGGACGAAGUACUCUAUUCCGCAGAUUGCUUUGUUUAAGGGAAUUGUAGAAGCGAUUGUACAAGAUGAAGCAGCUCAGGGUUGCAUAUCCACCAUUACAGCUCUCAACAUACGACUAGAGAAUCAGGUCCAGUUGGCAGCAGGUUCCCAAUCACAAGAUAGUCCACCUGAAAUCCCGGCUGCAAUAAGGAAUUUUUCAAUGUCCCAGAAGGACAGAACUAUCGAUGAACUCAUACGAGACAAGUGGCUUUCUCAAACUACUGACGGUGAUGUUGCCCUAGGGUUCAGAUCCUACCUUGAUCUGAGGAGCUUAUUCCAUAACAUGGGCAUUCCUCCUUGCGAAGUCUGCAACGAAAGCGGCAUCAAGGCUAAAGUGUGCCCAACUGAAGGCUGCAAUGUCCGAAUUCAUGAGUACUGCUUGAGUAAGAAACUCCAACGCAAAAAGGACAAGAUAGUAUGUUCGAGUUGUGGCAUUAAUUGGCCAUUUGCAGCACCAAAGAGUGAACCCGUGGAGGAAGAAGAGGAUGAACAGCCGACUCAGACACAAACUCAAACGCAGCAGCCAUCAACGAGUGCGUCCAAAAGGAAGCGAUAUCGAUUCUCGGUUGAUGUAGAACCCGACUCUGCCUCUGUGAGAAGAAGCACCCGGUUUUCUACACGACGAAGGGCGAUUUUCCGGCUAAGUUUCUACCGACGAUGAUGGCGGAGGAUUUCGCGAGAUCAGUUGAGGACGGGCUGAAGCUGUCUAAGCGGAUAUACUUCGGCAAGGACAGAGCCGUAGCUCCUCCCAACAUUCCGGUGAUGAUGGACAAAUCCCUAAUGGACGCUCUCCUCCCGAAGUCGCCCAUGGUCUACGCCGUUAUCAACAACCCCGGUAUCGUCGAUAACCCUGACAUACCUAGCUACCAGCCUCACGUGCAUGGUAGGUGCGAUCCCCCAGCUCUCAUCCCGCUCCAGAUGAAUCGGAUCGAACUUCAGGCUGAUUGCUUCUUCGACAAUGUCUUCGUCCAAAUAAUCGGAUCCUGGCGGGUUCAUUGUAUCAUGGGAAGCAAGAGCUGCGAUUGCCGUAUUGCCCUUCCUAUGGGCGAACAGGGUUCAAUUCUAGGUGUCGAGGUGGAGGUUCAUAUGAAGUCAUAUUCUACUGAGAUAAUUGCAGCAGAAGACAACAAGGAUGGGGAUAAAGAAGUCCGCCCUGAAAAUGGCAGCUAUCUCAAACCCAACAUAUUUACACUCACAAUCCCAAAGGUUGAUGGGGGUGCCAUACUUUCAGUUAGAGCUAGUUGGAUGCAGAAAUCAGUAUUCAAGAAUGGAGAAUUUUCGAUAGGAGUUCCAUUUAGCUUCCCAGAGUAUGUCACUCCAUUUGCAAAGAAGCUACCCAAGAAGGAGAAGAUACUCUUGAAUGUGAACUCUGGUUCUGGAACUGAGAUUGUAUGCAAAUAUACCAGUCAUCCUUUGAAGGAAGUCAGAAGAGAAUCCGGGAAGUUGUCUUUCGCUUAUGAAACUGAAGUUCUCAUUUGGACACACAAUGAUUUCAAUUUCUCGUAUGCGGUCUCGUCAAGCCAUAUAUUUGGUGGUUUGCUUUUGCAAUCACCAUCUGUGCAUGAUGCUGAUCAAAGAGAGAUGUUCUCUGUGUACCUCUUUCCUGGAAGCAGGCAGAGCAUGAAGGUCUUCAGAAGAGAGGUCGUAUUUGUUAUUGAUAUAAGUGGAAGCAUGGAAGGAAAGCCAAUUCAGGCUACGAAGAAUGCAAUGUGUACUACCCUCAACAAGCUUGAACCUAAGGAUUCAUUCAAUAUAAUAGCUUUCAAUGGAGAGAGUUAUGUCUUUUCAUCACUCUUGGAAGCUGCAACUGAAAACACAAUCGAGAAGGCUUGCCAAUGGAUUAAUUCAAACUUUUUAGCCGGUGGGAGUACAAAUAUAUCACAAGCCCUAGAUAAGGCAAUAGAGAUGGUCUCCAACAGUAGUGGUGCAAUCCCUCUCAUAUUCCUUGUGACUGAUGGGACUGUUGAAGAUGAAAGACACAUUUGUGAAGUAAUUAAAAGUCGACAAACUUUUGGGGGAACAAUAUCUCCACGGAUACACACUUUUGGCAUUGGGUUGUACUGCAAUCAUCAUUUUCUGAGGAUGCUUGCAAUCCUUGGCAGAGGAGGAAAUGAUGCUGCUUAUGAAGUAGAUUCCAUCGAGACUAGACUGCAAAGUUUCUUCAGCAGAGGUUUGUCUACUGUUCUUGCCAAUAUAUCACUGGAGGCAGUGGAUAAUGAAGUUGAGACAUAUCCUUCCCGACUCCGAGAUCUUUCAUGUGAAGAACUGUGGACCAUAUCUGGUAGGUAUGUUGGAAAUUUACCGGAGUUUGUGAGAGUUGAAGGUGUUUUAGGGGACUUCAGUAAAUUUGUUGUGGACUUGAAGACACGUACUGCGAAGGACGUUCCUUUGGACAAGCAAGAGAAGAUUGUGGCUUUGUUUGUACUGGUGUUGGAGGUGCUUUAUGUUUCCAUUUUCCCACUCUGGAUUGAGAUGGAUGAAAUGUACAUCUGGAAACAGCUCCAAAAGUUCGGCUAGUUGCAUUUGAUUGACGCUUAAUGAUUUUGGCCUGCUAUAGGUAUUUGCAAAGCAGCAGAUUGAUAUAACAUAUAUAUAUGGCCACCACCUUGAUAUGCAUACUACUAUCCUAGUGAUCGUGAACUCUAAUGGUACCUGGCACUGGCAGGUUUCCCAAAUCAGCAUACAAACAGGAGUUGCAUCUGAAUACACACGCAUGUCGAUAUUGGAAACGCAGAGAGUGUACCAAUCCGCCGAACCGCCUGCUGGGCGCAAGGGAUCAAAGAAAGCCAACGCGGAGAAGGAAGAAACAAAGACUCAGAGGAGAGUAAUGCUGCCAAGCCUGGGGAUCGGGUUCGGAAGCUUGACAGCAACCAUGGAGAACAUACCGCCAGGGACCGAGGAACCGAGGCUGCCAGAGGCAGCCGAGAUGAUGAUAAAGGCGGCCUCCAACUGCUGCGAGAGGUUGUACGGCCACUGCUGCUGCAUGUGCUGCGUCCAGUGCUGUUCCAGAAUGAACAACCAAUGUGCAGUAGCCUUGACCCAGCUCUGCAUGGCUCUAUCGUGUUUCGGCUGCUUCGAGUGCUGCGCCGCGAUAUGUUGCCCCGCGGAACAGUGAUUGAUUAAGCCAGUUGGUAAUUUGUUCUGUUUUUUUCCCAUCUUCUUCUGUGUGCAGUCCAGUGAGCAAACUAGAGAAAACAGAACCCUCCACCGCAUUUUACUGUAUAUUGGUGCUGUUGGUGGCUGUUCUCGUCGAGGGAUGGACCUUGUUGAAGACGCGCGGUGUAUAGUAGAGGGGCAAGUGAUUAGUGUAAGGGAGAAAGCCUAUGAUUAUUUGUCAAAAUAUCAACUUGUUUAUGCGUCAUAAAGCAAAUAGGAGUAGAAUAGGGCCAAAUUUGCUUGUCGACUGCCACUGACAAAUGUGCUUUGUGGCCAAUAUAAAGUCUAUAACCUAAUUAACACUGUUGGAAAGGGGAUAGGGAAGAUGUUCUUUCAUGACCUGGAUCCCACUUUGAGGUUUGAUUUAUGUCCUCUUCCUAUCCUUUUUCUUAUGAUCUUCUUUCCCUAACUUGCUUAUUUUAUGUGUUAUUUCUUCUCUUCAUCUCAUCACCUACUUGUUCAUCAUCAUCACC